GACAGAUGAGGCUCUGGACAUGCUGCUUCACAGGAUGCCGCAUCUGGGCUGCGUGCCUGAUGCCAUCUCAUACAACACGGUUAUCAAGGGUUUAUGUGAUGAUAGCAGGAGCCAGCAUGCGCUCGAGCUACUCCGGAUGAUUGCAAAACAAGAAGCUGGCUGCUCCCCUAACGUGGUGUCAUAUACCACGGUUAUCCAUGGAUUCUUAAAGGAGGGUAAAUUCAGCACGGCAAGCAACCUAUUCCAUGAAAUGGUGCAGCAGGGCGUUGUUCCUAAUGUGGUGACAUUUACCUCGAUGAUUAAUGUGUUGUGCAAGCGUGGAAGAAGCAAAGAAGCUAGACAGAUUCUGGAUUGCGCGAUUCUGAAGGGCCUCAAACCGAAUAUCGUGGCAUACUCUACCAUGCUUCACGGGUACGCUACAGAAGGAAGCCUCGUUGAUAUGAAUAAUCUCUACAACUUGAUGGUAGGAAGAGGUGUUGUACCUGACCAAUAUGUUUUCAACAUAUUGAUCAGUGCACAUGCUAAGUGUGGAUUGGUGGAUGAGGCCUUUCUUAUCUUUGAAGACAUGCAGAAACAGGGAGUGAAACCGAAUGUUGUGACCUAUUUAGCCAUGAUAGAUGCGUUUUGCAGAAAGGGUAGGAUGAAUGAUGCUAUUCAACAAUUCAACCAGAUGAUUGAUAUGGGGGUACCACCGAAUAUACCGACUUACAGCUGCCUGAUUCAGGGUUAUUGUACACAUGGUGAUUUACUGAGAGCUAAAGAAUUGGUUCAUGAAAUGAAGGAAAAAGGCAUCCGUUGUCCUGGCGUUAUGUUCUUUACCUCAAUAGUGAACAACCUAUGCAAAGAAGGAAGGGUGACAGAUGCACAAGAUAUCUUUGACUUUAUGAUACAUAUAGGUGAGAAGCCCAAUGUUAUCACAUUUAGUUCACUGAUUGAUGGAUACUGCUUGGUUGGCAAGAUGCAGAUAGCAUCUAGAUUAUGUGAUGAUAUGGUAUCGAUUGGCAUUCAGCCUAAUGCCAUUACGUACAAUACACUUAUUGAUGGAUACUUUAAAGCAGGAAUGGUGGAUGCUGCAUUGACUCUAUUCAGAAAAAUGUCAUGUAUGUCAACUAAACCGGAUACUCUUACUUAUAACAUCAUAAUGGAUGGAUUAUUUAAGGCUGGUAGAACUGUUGCUGCAAAGGAAAUGUUCCAUGAGAUGGACAAAAGUGGAGUGAGAUUGUCCAUUGAUACAUACAAUAUAAUUCUCAGUGGGCUUUGUAAAAAUGGUUGUGCCGAUGAAGCAGUCAUGAUGUUUGACAAGUUGCGAGCAAUGAACCAUAAGUUUGAUAUUAGAAGUCUAACUAUUAUAAUUGAUGCAAUGUUUAAAGUUGGAAGAAUAGAGCAAGCUCAGAAUUUGUUUGCUGCAAUACCAGCCAAGGGAUUGGUACCUACCGUUAUAACGUACACUACGAUGAUGUCAAACCUUAUAGAAAAAGGAUUGAUAGAAAAAGCUGACAGUAUAUUUUCAUCAAUGGAGAGGAGUGGUUGUGCUUCCAACUCUGGUAUGCUAAAUAUUAUUAUCAGAAAGUUACUGAAUAAAGGUGAAAUAGUCAGGGCCAUCAAUUAUAUGUCCAGAGUUGAUGGGAAAAGCAUGUCGCUUGAAGCUUCAACUAUUUCCCUGUUGAUAACUCUCUUUUCAAGGAAAGGGAUAUACCAUAAGCACAAAGAUUUGCUCCCAGAAAGGUAUCAGUUUUUGGAAGGAGACAUCCACAGUUGACAUGUACUUAAACCCUUGAAAGGCAUGCUUAAGAUUUUCAUUGCAAUGAGUCAUUUCUGCUGGUACAAGAAAUGCAGGCUGCUGCGAGUACAAAGAUGAUCAGAGGUACAACUGAUUACAUUUGUUACAAAAAUGGCUUCUGGUGACUGGUGGUGAUUGUUCAAGGUAUUGAAAUGUGUUGUUCCACAAGAUGUUUAUUUUUUUGGUUGUAUGUUAGUGAUUUGACAAUUGUACAUGAGCUGAAUAGUAGCACCCUGCUCUGCCAUCAUCACAUUGCUCACAGAGCUGGAGAAUGACAUCAUAACCAUUGGGUUCCAGACAAGCUGUAGUGUGAUUCUUUGACACCAUGGGACGCUCUUUUCCUGUGUUCUUCGUCAAGAGGGAGGCUAAGAGAAAGCUAUUUAAUCUCGUGUACACCAAUCCUGUGUUAGUUCUUUGUUUGGUUCUGAUGAACUAGGACUGGGCAAUGAUUCUUAGAGUUAGAAGUAGACAUGAUUGGAAGACAACCUUAAGUUAUUCUGCAUGGCUGCUCU